UCCAUUACAGUAAACACUCCGUGUUACCGGAAGCGUCUCCCGUCCUCACUGUAGCAUGAUGGACGUAAUUAACCAGUGUAAAGGGGGUUUUAUGUCAUAGGAAGCAACAAUUAAGCAAUGUGCGGCUACUUAUUAACAUAGCACUUUAUCAACAGUCACUACAGGAGCCGUGCCAGACUUUGGAUGGAGUCAGCACCCGGGUUUUCAUUGUUUUGUGUUGUCACAGCAAAGGACCUCAGGGUUCAAGAUUCAGGCCAUUCUGCACAGCAUCAAGAGAAAAAUGGUCAAGUAUUUCUGCAAUAGCACAGACAUCAGGAGUGCAUGGGACCAAGUGGUUUCUGCUUUCUGGCAGAGGUACCCGAACCCAUUCAGCACCCACGUUCUCACAGAGGAUGUCGUGUACCGGGAGGUAACGGCGGAAAACCAGCUCCUCUCCAGACGCCUCCUGAUGAAGACCAACCGGAUGCCUCGCUGGGCGGAGCGGUUCUUCCCCUCCGGCAUGUCUCGCUCCGUGUACAUCGUUGAGGACUCCAUCGUGGACCCUGUCAACAGGAGCAUGACCACUUACACCUGGAACCUCAACCACACAACUCUCAUGUCGGUGGAGGAGCGUUGUGUCUUCCGAGACUCAGCGGAGCAGCCGGGAAGCACAGAGCUGAAACGGGAGGCGUGGAUUUCCUCAAGUAUUUAUGGCUUCUCCAAACCUAUUCAGGAGUUUGGAUUGGCUCGCUUCAAGAGCAACCAGGUGAAGACCAUGAAGGGACUGGAAUACGCUCUGUCCAACCUCCAGGGAGAGACGCCCCAGCGGCUGCUCAGGGACACAGUGAAGGACGCAUCAGAGAAGGCCAAAGAGGCAGCCAAGACUCUGGCUUCGGCCGCCGCCGCCGCCCCACAGAAGCCUCGGCAGUACGUCUGACCGGACGGUGCGGGAGAGACGUCACAGGUGACUGAGCCCCGACGCCCUUUGUGUUGUCUCGAUCAUCUCGAAGUUUUGCCGGGACCUCGAUUGUGCAGCUAAGUGCAGCUUCUGCAAUCCGGUCUCCGUGGAGUGACGCUGUCAGCCUGCCUCGUUUCCUCCCUGAGCUUCUCUAUUCUUUGUCUCUUCGCUUUUCUUUUAAUCUCAGGUCGUGAGCCUUUCUAUGAAACCAACUGCCUUUCAGACCAGCGGCAUCUGUUGCUGCUUUACAAAUGUAAGCUGUAUAUGUUGUAUGUCCACGUCACUUAUUUAAUAUUUUAAAUCGAAGGAGUCUUCUGAAUAGUUAUAUAUAUAUUUAUAGUCAGUAUGUGGGCUUUUCUUUUUAUAGUGUAUUUCCUGCAUAUUGAUGAUACUGAAUAUUCUUUAGAGAUUUUCAACUGUAACAUCAGUAAUUUAUUAGUUAAGUAAUAAACGAUCAUGCUUUAGUUGUUUGUUUUGCCUAAAUUUCACACAGAACCAAACCAUGAUGUUGUAGUUUUAAUUUGUCUUAAAGGACCACAGUUUAGGGGCUAGUGGCAUCUGGUGCUGAGGUUGUGCAUUGCAAUCAAUGGUUCCAAGUGUUUAGGAAAACAUAUUUUGAUGAGUACAAAAAAAAACAAAGGUCCUCUCCAGAGCUUGUGUCUGUUUUGUCCAUCUCUCUGUAGCAUGGACUUUAUAUAAAAGAUGGUCAUAGCCACUGGGGUUUGAAAAGCAAAGCCUGUUCAGAAGUAUCUAAAGGUGCAAUACCAGCGAUGAUCACUAGGGGUGGCUCUGGCUCUAAAUGACUCCUAUUUGGGAGCGUACCUGUCUUAAUUUACAAGUCUGGUUUAUAUCAAUGGCGGGAGGUGUGCCCCUCCCUCCACCCCAGCUCCUCACUCUCAUCCAGAUCUCAUACAGUCACUUUUGGCUCAAAAAAAACAAAAAACAAAAAUGGAGACAGACAAAUGACAGACUCAAGGCUUUAAACCCUUGUGGUGCCUAAAAGAUACAGCUGACAUAACAGUGGCUACAUCCAUAUUUAUAUACAGACUAUUCUCUUCUUUAUUUAUAAAAAGGCUCAUUCUGACAAAACGCAGUCAUUACUUUGAGGAGAUUAUAUUAUAAUAAAUUUUGAAUCUAAGCCAUUUUCCCCAAUAGUUUCCCUUCAAUCCUUCACACUGGACCUUAGAUGAACUUUCUUGGUUUAAUGUUCUUGCAGCAAAACGUUGUGAAAAAAAAAAGAAGUGUUUAUGAAAAAACACGUGUUGCUGUACUGCGUAAAUCACAAUCGGCAAACCUGUGUAAUGUUACAUAAUCACAACAUACCAAAGUGACUUCAUGAAAAUGGUCAGAAUGAGCCAAGUUCUCACUUGUCUGUGCUCACAUUUUCGUGUAACACGAGUAGGCGUAGUGAAACUAGAUGUGACUGUUAAUGUGAAGCUUUUCUGAGGAUGAUGGUGAUAUUAAACAUUUAAACGGUUGCAUUCCUUUUAGGAUGGAUGUCGUUUGCUACGAGAGUUAGAUUUGAGAACUGAGUGUCGUGAUAGACGUGUAAGAGCUGAUUGCGCAUGUUCUAAUUCUCUUGUUGGUGCAGAUUUACUUCAGAUUAUAAGUGUUUAAGUGAAUAAUCUAUAUGGACAUAUCCAACCUGCUCUCUAUUUUGAAGUCUCUGUUGUUGUAUCUUUGUCAAACUGGACCUUAAUAAAGCCUGUUAACUUAUUGAUCUAACUUUGUCUCUUUGCUGUUGUCUCUCCGCUGUAACGUCGACCGAAGACGAACUCCGACCUUUAAGCAUGUGUUAAUAUUCCAGGCGACGUAUCACAGUUUCACAGCUGCAGAAAACCAAACAGGAAGCUCCGUAACAUUUGGUUUAUCUGCAUUUUCCUGCUGCUUUGUUCGGUUGAAGGUUACCACAGUUUUUUCUUGACUGCGUCCUCGCCGCGCAGUCGCAUCGCAGCAGGCAGUAACGAGGCCGAGGCGGCUUUACGUAUAAAACAUUUUAAUUAUAUUACAAUGGAGACGACACACGAUACCUUUAAGUGUUUGGUAAAACAUAGCCAGCACCAGGUAUUCCGUGUACGCACGCUCGCACACAAAACACAAAAAAAAAAAAAAAAAGAAA